AGCACAAGGGAUGCAGGUCGCACUCAAACUGUAGUAUUUGAUGUGAGCCUGUAAUCCUGAGUACUUUUUUUUAUAAGUUCUUUUUAUUUUAAUAUAUUUACCUUCAACAAAAUUUAACGUCUGUGCCUAUUUUUUAAAUGAAAGUAAUUGUUGUUCCAAGUAUAAUGCUGUAUGUGUUUUAACCGGCAUGGGACCUAGAAAUUUUUUAUAUAUCACAUUUGGCAUUACCUACUUACAAAAGAGUGUGCUCAUAAGUAAUAGUGCACCUUCUACUUUGAGAUGGGAUCCAAUAUUCCAACUGAUGUUUCAGCAUUCAUACCUUUAGAGUUCAAGUUUCUGACAGAACAAAUGAUUCGUAAAGCAGAAGAAGAGCUCGGAGAGACAGAGAAAAGACGAAAAGAAUGCCUGGAGGAAUUUAAAAAUAUGAUCAAAAGGGAAAAGAAUUUGAAUGCCAAUACAUGUGACGAAUUCCUCUUGAUAUUUUUGAGAGGAAAAAAAUUCAGACUUGAAGCAGCAUUUAAAGUUCUGAAGAAAUAUUAUUUAAAUAGAAAGACUUAUUCAAGUUUGUACCAGAAAUUUUCUCCUGAACACUGCAGGGAAGCUUUACUGGCAAACUUUUUGAACUUUCUACCCUUAAGAACACCUGAAGGAGAAUCAGUCUGGGUGCCAAGAAUAGGUUCUUGGGAUACUAAAAUAUUUACUCCUGAAGAAAUUACCAGAGUUGGUUUAAUCUGCCUGGAAAUGGAGAUGAAAAAUCCAGUAACUCAAAUUUGUGGCAUGGUUGUUCUCCUAGAUCUCAAAGGGUUUUCUUGUUCUCAUAUGUUCCAAAUUACCUCGACUUCUUUAAUGUGUUUCAUGAAUACUGUUCAGGAUGGCUUACCACUGCGUCUUACGGCACUGCAUGUUAUUAAUAACCCCAGUAUAUUUGGUGCAGUAUUCAAAACCGUGAAGCCCCUUUUAAAUGCAAAAAUAAAAAAGAGGGUAUACUUCCAUGGGAAUGACUUGAGUAGUUUGCAUCAGUUCCUUCCUAAAGAAAUGCUACCUGAAGAAUUUGGUGGAACGCAAGGUCCAUUUGGAAAUGCAAGAUUUUAUCAAAGUUUACUAGACAAUGAGGAAGAAUAUAAAAAAUGUCAACAGUACGGAUAUGGCGUCGUCAGAAUGUAAAUAAAUAUAUGAUUGUCAAAGUAUAUGUAUACAUGUGUAUGUAUUACAUUUUUACAUGUAAAUGAAUUACAUUUUUACAGUCUUU